UCUCUACGUUUUCGAAGGACUAAAGACGAUGAUAAAGCCUAUCAAAAAAACUACACACAGAUACAGUAUCGCGCAUGAUCGUAAGUAAGGUUGAUAGAAAUUGUGAAGUCUCCUUUAAAAGCAUAGGAAAAGAUGCGCAGGCUCGGAAUCGAUCCUCCAACCCCCUCUGAGUGAGAACGCUCAUGGGACAACCCUAGGCCGACGACUCUGUUGUCGACCCAACAACAGUUCAAAAGCGAUUCGGCAGUAAACAUGGCGCUCGAUUUUGCAGCCACCUACAAAGUCCUCGUGUUGGGCGAUUCGAACGUCGGCAAAACUUGCAUCGUUCAUCGUUAUUGUGACGAGAGAUACUACGAUACUUAUAUAUCGACGAUAGGUAUCGAUUUCAAACAGAAGAUUAUCAACUUGGAUGGUACACCAAUUAAAUUACAAAUUUGGGAUACCGCCGGACAGGAACGGUUUAGAACUCUAACAACGGCAUAUUACCGUGGUGCUAUGGGUAUUUUGCUAAUGUACGAUGUCACCAGUUUGGACAGUUUCAAUCAUCUAUCUUACUGGCUUCGAAAUAUUCAAGAAAAUGCCUCACCGGAUGUAGUAAAGGUAUUGGCGGCCAAUAAAUGCGACGCAACUGCACAUAGAGCCGUAGAUGCCGAGAGAGGUCAGAAAAUAGCGGAAAAUUUCGAUAUGCCCUUUUUCGAGGUAUCCUGUAAGGAGAAUAUAAAUAUCGAGGAAGCAUUUUUAACCUUAGCCAGGAGAAUACGAGAACAACGAGGACGUCGAGCUAGUCUGUUUGAAGCUUCGGAAAGGGAAGGUGCCGACAGUGUGAUCAAAGCUCAAUCACCGUCUCAACAGGGUGACGCUUGGAGAUGCACCUGUUAAUCAUAUCUUGCAGAAAUUAAAGAAUGAAAUGGAAAAAAUAAAAAAGGAAUGGAGGAAUUCGCUCAUUGGUCACCGAAAUUUCAAGCUGGAAGCAAAGGAAGUAUUUGUUCUUGAACAUCUGUUUUAUUCGCUUCUACCUAUGGGAAUAAAUGCGUAGUUACGUUACUCUUAUGAUCCUUAUAUAUAUAGACAUACAUACAUAUAUAUAUACAUAUACAUAUAUAUAUAUAUAUAUAUAUGAAAGAGUUGGAAAAAUAAGGACUUAUAGGAGUAAACGUGUAUGUAAAAAAGAAAAUAAGAAAAAGAGAGAGAACGAGCGAGAGAGAAAGAGAGAGAGAGAGAGAGAGAGAGAGAGAGAGAGAGAGCGAGAGAAAGUGAAAGCAGAUAAGAAUAAUGGCUAACGAAUUCAAAUCGUUGCUACUAUUAUCUUAAAAAAGGAAAAAAAAAUUCUGCACAUAUACCAUAUACACUUACA